AUGGAAUCUAUUAUCGAUGAUAAAUUGAGUAAAAUGUUAACAGAUUGGUCGUCUCAGAUAAAAUCCUAUUGUUUAUUUGGCGAAAAAUUUGAUCAAAAUGAACAGAAACAACCAGUGUACAGUAGAAAAAGAAUAUUAAAAGAAUUUUUUACUUUAGAAGAACAAAUACUCCGUAUUUUAAAUGACUAUUCUCACUAUGAAACACUACCUAAAAGUUUGUUCAAUCUUGAUUGGUUAGGUUCAUUAUUACUAUUGUUACUUGAACAUUCAUCAUUGACUUUUAAUACUGAUCAUUUGAUAUCAUCUUCAUCCGGUUUUGACCAUCAUUUAUCAUCAACAGCAACCAUUAAUAAUGAAUUCGUUAAAUCUAUUGAGUAUACACCAAAUUUAUCCUCAAUAUCUUGGUCAUCCGAACAACUUCAACAAUAUUCAUCAAAAUUAUUAGAUUUAUUAUUUAAAUUAAUUCGUGUUAGUUCAUUACAACAAUUAUUAUUAGUUCAUGUUUAUUCAAAUCAGAAACAAGAUGAAUUAUUAUUAUCGGGUUGUUUUCAUCUACUAACACCAUUUCUAAUGAAAUCAAACUAUGAAAUCUAUCCGGUGACAUUUCAUUGUUUUGUAUUAUUAGUACGUUCUAUUUAUCGUCCACUUGUAUCCGAUUAUAUUCAUCACAUAUUUCCUGGAUGUCUCAUUGCUCUUGAUGAUUAUCGUUUAGACAUGAAAAUAAUUGGUUUAUAUUUAUUAAAUCAUUUGUAUGAGCAGUGUACAUCAACUGAUCUGACAUUAUUUAAUCGUUCAAAUGUUGUAUCACAUGCAUUAGAACAUAAUUUACAUGUUCGUCAAACACCAUUUAUUGAAUAUUUAUUAUUAUUUUUAUUUAAAUGGUUAUCAUUAAUUGAACCCGAUAUAUAUUGUAGUAAACAUCAAUAUCAACAUACAUCACUUAUCUUAGAACGUCUUAUACAAGAUACAUUUCUUGAAACAACAAUUAAAUAUCGUCAAAUAUUGAUACAUAUUAUUCAAUUAUACAUUGAACGUUUACAAUUAUUUACUUGUCGACAUUUAAAACAAUUAAUUGAUCAAAUCGAUGAUUGUAUGGAAAAUAGACAAUUACGUUAUAUGGGACUCAAAUUAAUGAAAACAAUUUUUCGAGAAUUAACACCACGUAUUAAUACCCAUCGAAAUGAAUUUAUGAAAAUAAUUGUACGUUGCAUAUUCAAACAUGUCCAUGAACAAGACUAUCUAACUCAGUCAACUACUGACAAUGUAGAUCAACUACUAAUAACUUGUGCAUGUGAAUUAAAUAUUUAUACUGAUAAUUAUGUUAUUGAUGCGAUUAAAACAUUGAUUAAUGUCGAACAGUUAGAAGUACGUUAUAGGGAUAAAUUAGAUGAUUUACUAAUGAAAGUUGUUAAGUCAAAAGAGGAGUUCAUUUGA